CGAUACUCUCAAGCAAGAAGUUAUUCUUUGACCAGCCGGUCUGCACUCACCGCUUCUAUCUCGGCCCAUAUUCCGGAAGGACAGGAUCAUCUAUCUUAUCACCGUGGACCCAAGGUGGACAUCUCCCGUAUUUGGAUUUCCCAGGAAUCAUUGCCAGCACAGAUCCGCUGAAGGACUUUCCAGUCGGUGUUUUCUUAGUAUAUCUGUCUCUUCUCAUUCGUGCUGCUGGUGGGUUUUUGAUUUCGAAAUGAUGGCAUCAAGAAGGAGCCUUUACAUCCAGCCGGAAUCUCCAUAUGGCCGAGCAAUACCUAAUGGAAGCCUGGAUCCCUCCAGAAGCGCUGCUUACAUAGAUGUUAGUCGUGCGGAAUACGACAGUCCGUACUACCCUACUUCAAGCGCCUCUUAUCCCACGGAGAUGACCACUUCAUCGUACAGUAGUCCAAUCCCGAUGCCACCUACCACCUCGGCAUCUAUCAUUCGCUCCGAAUCUAUGUACUCCUUAGGUGGCUAUAAUAUCGGAUCAACCUCUGCCAUUUACGGAACGGCUGGACCAAGCUAUGGUUCUCACACCAACCAUGGCACAAAUUGGGGAUCCCAAAUUGGCAGAGUGUCACCAGACACAUACAUGGAUGAUUAUGCUGCUUCCCCAUGUCCAACGGAUUUUCAGCUUGAAGCCUCAAGUCGGCCUAUUAGCAAAUUCAAAGGUGAUAGAAAGAGCUCUGUCCAACAAAGACGCGCUUCCAACAGGGAUGAAUUUGAUGGACCACAUCAGCUUUUACAACGGCCCCCUGCGGAAAAAAUUGCUCAGCAAGAAAGGGACUUGCCACAUCUGCCAACCAAUCUGGUGGUUCAUGAGCAGGAUAGUGUCCUCACUCAAGUCAAUGAUCGUUUGUCUCAAUGCGCUUUUGACUUUAUUGCUAAGUAUCAAUUCCCGGUGCCUUUAUCGGGCGAUUUGAGACCCGUUGAGCGACCUCAGGACCGAGAAUGGACGGAGUGGGUAUACCUCCUGAAGCGCUUGGCCACCAAGCGUCGCAUACCGGCCCGAGUGUUGUACAAUGGUCAAAUCAAACAGUUCAUAACGAUUCUGGAGAACUCUUUGGAGAUGCGCCACGCUGCUGCCCAUCAGUCCCGCCCCCUGAAGGACGACAGAAACAUCCUUCAGCUCAUAUCAGCUGGAAUCCAGGUUGCCAAGCUGUUACGCGACUCCGAAGCAAUGACAUUUUUGGACCGAUUGUACGUUGCAACUGAGAACAAGAUUCAAGAACGGAGCCGAUACCGUUCUCGUCCUUGAUAUGACGCCUACAAGUUGUGACUUAUCGACUUCAUUUCUUGUGCCUGGCUUUUGCCAGAAUUUUGGCUUUGCCAUAUGA